AAAAUAGUUUCAAUAAAGUGCCAAAAAACAUUAACCAAAGAUGGGUAUUUUCUAGAAAUGUUAUUUUUUUCAAGAAUUGUAUCAAAUCAAGCAAAGUGAAAUUUUGCUAGAGUCUGAAAAGUAGCAAAUCUUCGUAAAAUUCUAAGCGACGAUUUCUUGUUGAAGAGUAAACCAUUAAGCCGACCAAAGCGUACUGCUAUUGGUAAGAGUUCGUCGCAAAGUAAAGAAAUUUCUGGGUUCAACUGAUCUGCAAUUGCUUUCAAUAAAGAAAAACAGGAACCUUGGGUAAAGAAGAAUUUCUUGGCACAAAACUCAACGGCCCAACAGCAAUCAACUGAGAGAGCGGCCAAAUAGCUGCAAGAACGAGAACAAGAUCAGAGGAAUAGGGAACGAAGCAGUUAAUCUGAAAGACUGGGGAUUGUGUGGCGAAAUUCUGCCAAGGUAUGGUGCCGAAGCAGCUGAUUGUGGCCGUUGAAGGUACGGCCGCCGUUGGUCCCUUCUGGCAGACCAUCGUCUCCGACUACCUCGACAAGAUCAUCCGGUGGGAUUGUUUGAUACGCUUGGAUAAUAACUAUAUUAAUGCUUCGGAGUUGAAGAUGUUUUUGUGGGAAUGAGUCAACGGGUCAGAAGCCAUCUACUUCUCAAGUUGAGCUUUCACUGGUCAUGUUCAAUGCACAUGGUUCAUACUGUGCUUGCCUUGUACAACGGAGUGGAUGGACUAGGGACAUGGAUAUAUUCUUUCAGUGGCUUUCAGCUAUACCAUUUGCAGGUGGUGGUUUCAAUGAUGCUGCAAUUGCUGAAGGUCUUGCUGAAGCUCUAAUGAUGUUCUCUUCCCCAAAUGGAAGCCAAAUUCAAAACAUGGAUGGACAAAGACAUUGUAUUCUUGUAGCCGCAAGCAACCCUUACCCAUUGCCCACACCAGUGUAUCGACCACAACCCCAGAAUCUGGAGCAGAGCGACAAUAUUGAAUCACAACCAGAUAAUCGUCUAUCUGAUGCAGAGGCAUUAGCAAAGUCAUUCGCUCAGUUCGGUAUUUCUCUAUCCAUUAUUUGUCCGAAGAAACUUCCCAAACUUAGAGCAAUCUAUAAUGCGGGAAAGCGCAAUGCCCGAGCUGCAGAUCCGCCUGUUGAUAAUGUUAAGAAUCCUCAUUUCCUUGUCCUUAUCUCAGAAAAUUUUAUGGAGGGACUUGCUGCUUUAAGUAGGCCUGGAAUGGCAAAUUUGCCAUCCAAUCAAAACCCUAUCAAGAUGGACGUAACUCCUGCCCCUCCCAUUUCUGGACCACCUCCAGCUUCUGGGGCAUCAGCCAAUGGAUCAGUCUUGGGCCGACAACCAAUACCUGUUGGAAAAAAUAUCCCUCCUGCAACUGUAAAAGUAGAGCCAAUCACUGUGACCUCUGGGACUGGGCCUGCAUUUCCACCUAUUUCUUCUGUUUCUCGAGCCACUUCUCAACCUGUUCCGAGCUUGCAAACUUCUUCACCUAUAUCAACGUCUCAGGAGAUGGUUUCAAGUAAUGAGAAUGUACAUGAUAUGAAACCUCAAGUAACCAGUAUGACACCCUCCUUGCGUCCAGUUGGUGCACCAGCAAAUGUUAGAAUUUUGAAUGAUGUGGCUCAAGCACGUCAAGCCCUGGCAGGAGGAACUUCUAUUGGACUUCCUUCUAUGGGUGGAACACCUAUGCUCUCAAAUAUGAUAUCCAGUGGAAUGGCAUCUUCAGUCCCUCCUGCUCAAACUGUAAUUUCAUCAGGUUCAUCAGGUGUUGCAUCAAUUGCUGGGUCAUUGCCAAUACCAGCAAGUGGCCAGGUUGCUCAAAACUCAUCUUCUGCAUCAUUCACUUCCACAGCUCCUACUGUCACUGGAACUUCUAGCCUUGGCAUGUCCCAAUCUCUGAGUAAUCUUCAAGUAAGUGGUAGUUUGGGUCAAUCACUCCCUGGCAUGAGCCAAGGAAAUCUUCCAGUCACACAAAUGGUACAGACAGGAAUGAGUAUGAAUCAGAACAUGAUGAGUGGCACUGGUACUACUGGUAUGCCUUCUGGAAGUGGCAACAUGAUGCCUACUCCAGGAAUGUCUCAGCAAAUACCACCAGGAAUGCAGCCUGUCGGUGUGAAUAGCAACAAUUCUGUGACAAAUAUGCCCUUGAAUCAGCAGACAUCAAGUACAAUACAGCCAGCACAGUCAAAGUAUGUUAAAGUCUGGGAGGGGAACUUAUCCGGACAGCGACAAGGCCAGCCUGUUUUCAUCACCAGAUUGGAGGGAUACAGGAACGCCUCAGCUUCUGAGACGCUUGCUGCAAAUUGGCCUCCAACAAUGCAGAUAGUUCGCUUGAUAUCCCAGGACCACAUGAAUAACAAGCAAUAUGUUGGAAAGGCUGACUUUCUAGUUUUCCGUGCUAUGGAUCAGCAUGGAUUUCUUGGCCAGCUGCAGGAAAAGAAGCUUUGUGCAGUAAUCCAGUUACCAUCCCAGACAUUGCUGCUUUCGGUUUCUGACAAAGCAUACCGCUUGAUUGGAAUGCUUUUUCCUGGUGAUAUGGUCGUGUUUAAACCUCAAAUACCCAAUCAACAGCAGCAGCAACAGCUACAAGCACAACAACACCCGCAUCUACAACAACUACAACAACAGCAGCAACCACAACAACAGCUUCCCCAAUUGCAGCAGCAACAACCACCACUUAUGCAGCUUCAACAACAACCGCUCAUGCCGCUCCAGCAACAGCAGCCGCUCAUGCAGCUUCAACAACAGCAACAGCAACAACAACAGCAGCAGCAGCAAAUCCCACAACUGCAGCAACAGCCACAACAGAUGGUGGGUACGGGUAUGAAUCAAGCUUACAUGCAAGGUUCUGGAAGAUCGCCAUUGUUGUCCCAGGGGCAAGUUUCCUCACAAGGUGCACCAGCUAUGCCUGGAGGUACCUUUAUGAGUUAACGAGAUUAAUAUUAUAAAUGCAAUAACUUAUGUAGUCUACUCUAUGUAAAUGAGGAAAAACCUUUCUUCGAGAUAGUUUCCUUUUUCAGUGCGAGAAA